UCUACACUCACUAUCUUACAGGUGAAUCUAGUGAUGUCCAUCCUGCUGUACGUGAUGUUCCUCACGUACCUUUACUGCUUCUCUGUCACAAGUAUAAGCAAGCAGCGGCCUACACAGGACCCCAUCAACACACUCAUCGUCAAGCUACUGCAGGCUGACAUUAGCCGCAGCCGACAGCAACAAGACGAGGGGACCCAGGAUACAUCCCUGCCCACAUCCAUCAACGCUCCCACAAAUAUGGACUACCCACAGCACGCCAGGCCAUCUGCUCAGCAGCCCAACAGGGCUAUGACUGAUGAGCUUCUAAGGCAGCACAAACGCUACAACUCCCCGCGGGUCUUACUGAGCGAGCGGCCGCCUCUUCAGCCCCCACCGCUCUACCUCAUGGAUGACUUUGUUAGUGCUCAGGACUCUCAAGCCACCAAUAAGACACGGCAGAAGCGCUACGUAGAGCACAAGAGCUACCGCGCCGAGUACUCGGUGUGCGACAGCAGGAGCCGCUGGGUGACAGACAAGACCAUGGCAGUGGACAUCCACGGCCGCGAGGUCUCCGUGCUCACAGAGGUCGACAUGGUGUGGACAAGCAUGAAGCAAUACUUUUACGAGACCAGCUGUCAGAGCAGCAAACCGUUUAAGAGUGGCUGUCGAGGAAUAGACGACAAGCACUGGAACUCGCAGUGCAAAACCUCACAGACGUACGUCCGUGCCUUGACCAAGUACAACAACGUGCUAAACUGGCGCUGGAUACGGAUAAACACCUCAUGCGUCUGCGCACUUUCACGUAAACAACGCAGGACGUAA